UUUUUUUUUUUUUUUUUUUAAAUUAAAGGGUUAACCCGAAAUUCUAACUCUUUAUAAUUAUAAAUGGGUUGGAUUGUGUUCAAAAUUUUCACCGAGUUUAGUUAAAAACCUUGGGCGGGCAUUUUUAGAAUUUUUAGGUUAUUGCGACGGCAACAGGCGGAGGGAGACAGCGAGACGAAGCUUGGACGACGGUGAGAUUGGGGAGGGCACUGCCACGGUGGGCGAGGUAGCAGCCGCAGGCGGUAGUCUGCUCCUCUUUUACUGAUUUUCUUCUCCUUGUGGAGUGUGAGACAUGGAGGAAAUGGCGAAAGUUCAAUGCAAAAGUUUGGAUAGAAUUAGCGUUCUUCCACAAGACACAAUUGAAAACAUUCUUACUCAUAUGCCAAUCAGAGAUGCAUUGAGGACAAGCAUUUUGUCAAAGAAAUGGAGACAUUACUGGAAGGGAAUGCCUAAACUUGUAUUUGAUGACGAGUACUUAAAGGGCAUGCCUAAACUUGUAUAUGAUACUCCGUUCUCAUAUACCUCAUCAAGUAGCAAAGAAAAUAUAAGUUUGUCAAUGCCAUCUUCCAUGUUUUGUUGCUACACAAUGGUGAUAUUAGAAUUCAGUAUCUCUAUUAAUACCGAUGCAAAAAUUGUUGAUGAGAUUGACCAGAUAAUAUUUCAUCUUUCAAAGAGCAAAAAUAUCAAGAAAUUCAUCUUUAAGUUUUGGUCAAAGUACAACUUCAGUUUAGAAUAUGUUAAGCGCUACAAGCUACCCUCUAUGUUCUUUUCAUUGCAAGGACUAGAACACCUACAUCUCACACAUUGUGUCAUUGAGCUUCCAUUAACAUUUGAUGGAUUUAUUACCUUGAGGAGUCUCGAGUUAUUUGAUGCCAACAUCACUGCACAGACGCUUCAACAGAUACUUACCAAUUGCCCAAUACUUGAGGAAUUUAUACUGAUGGGAUGUCAAAACGACUCUACUACACAAGGAGACAAGUGUACAUUUCUUGAGCUAUCGGAGCGUUUACCUUUGGUUCAGGUUUUGAAAAUCUCCAAGUCUUAUAUCAAGCAACACGUUACUACAAAUGAUAUGAAGAAACUCCUCACUUCACUUGUCCACUUGAGGAUACUUUGUUUUGAUGUGUGUUUUCAGAAAGAAGAUGGGCUUUCAUAUGCUCUCAAUGUGAUCAGCAGCUCCCCAAAUUUGGAGAAGAUAAAAAUAGAGCUGUGUUUGAACCAUGAGCUCUGUGGUGAAGAAACUUGCAAUGACUUGCUUGAUCUUCAAGACUAUUCAGGCAUCAAUUUGGAUCAUCUUGAAGAAUUGGAGAUAACAAAUUUCGGUAACUAUGAUCCAGAGAUGGAGUUUCUGAAACUGAUCAUGGCUAAGUCACCUCUGCUUAAGAAAGCACGAAUCAAGCUCAGUAAAUCUGUUUCUGUUGACAAAGAAGUUAAGAUGCUUCGAGAUUUGCUACGAUUAACAUUUCCACGUGCAUCACCAGCAGUGGAUAUCAUUAUUGAACGCUAAAUUUUAACUUAGUUAAAUUUAAGGAUUGUUUAAAUGUCUUUUUGGGUUGAUUACAAGUAUUAUGACAAAUGUUACUUUUUUACCCUCUGUAUUCUUGACUAAUCUUUUUGAUCCGGAGUAAGAAAACACUAGUGAAAGCUAUAAGAUGUAAAUGUUAUAUAA